AUGGUAAUAUUAUAGCAGUGUUACUUUUAGAGCUUUUUGGAUUUUUGUCAUAAUAGGAGGCUUAACUGGCUCCUUUAUAGUCACGAUGUGCGUUUACUAUAACUGGGUGGAAGAUCCAACAUACGUAACAUUAGACCCAUGGGAAUUACCCAUAACUGACGUCAAUUUUCCCGCCAUCGACAUUUGUAACGUGAACAAACUAAGCAAAUGGAAAGCUCAAGAAUUAGCAGAAAAAAUACAUUCCUAUUUCAAUAAUGAAGCAUAUUCUGUUGUACUGAGGUAUGUAAAAUUAUUAGGAAACAUGUACGAUUUCAGCUUGCAUGGUUCUAAUAAUUUUGCUAGACUACAGAAUAUUUUGGAUCAAUUUUUGAACGGUACGGAUUUAGCGGUACUUCUUUUGAAGCUGAUGGUUCCAUGUGACGAGAUGCUACAGAAAUGCGAAUGGAACUCUGUAGAAUAUGAUUGUAGAAAUUUGUUUCGCGUUAGGUUAAGCGAUGGUGGGUUUUGUUGUUCUUUUAAUCAGAUUCAACCCAUUUUAAGACCUGAAAUAUACGGUGCAUCAGAAGCCCAUUAUCACCUACCAAAAACCAGCAAAAAAUUUGAAGGCUCCGAACUGAACAACGGAUUGACAGUUACCAUUAGUAACAACCUCAGCGAUUACUUUUACACAACUCUGGCUACAAGAGGUGUUACCAUAAAGGUGUUCCUACCUACAGAUUUCCCAGAUGUCAGCAGCGGAUCUUUGAGGGAAGUAAUCGUGAAAGAACAAUCGGAAGUUUUUAUUAAAUUGGAACCUUAUUCGCUGAGGAGUCAGGAUACAAUAAGGGCUAUGCCUCAGUCUCUGAGAAAAUGUAAAUUUGCUGAUGAGGAAAACAUAGGAUUUGGACUAUAUUCUUCCAGUAAUUGUUACGUAAGCUGCAAGAUAAAAAGUAUUUUGUCCUUAUGUAAAUGUAUUCCAUUCAUGUUCCCCAAGAUAAAAGUUGAAAAGAAUAAUUUGCGAUAUUGUAAUGUCAUUGAUAUUCCUUGUCUCAACAAAUACCAACACAAAAUAUUAAGAUAUUAUCCAACAGAGGAUCCCGAUAAUCCAGAGUUGGCUUUUGAGCUAGAAGAUUCCUUGAAAUGUCAUUGUAUACCCAACUGCGAUGAUGUCAUUUAUGACGUAGAUGUCCAUGAAAUCGAAUAUUUUGGUGGUGAUUCUGGAAAUAAGUUAACACAAUCUAUUUUUACUAUACGUAUUUUCGGUGGAAUAUUGUCCCUAUUUUUAGGAAUCAGCGUCAUGAGCUUUAUAGAAAUAUUAUUGCUUAUAUUUAAACUGAUUUCAUUAAAGAUUUAUAAACUGCUUCACAGCGAAAAUAAGAAUUAAUUAGUAUUAUCGCUUUAUUCCAUAAUAUUUCAUUAAUUACCAGUUUUAUAGUUAAUUCAAUUAAAUUUAAAUUUGUAAAUCCCCAUAAUUUGCUUGGCCAUCUCUGAUGCAAUGCUAAAAUUAACUUUACAUGUGCUGCCAUCUAUAUAUUGAAAAGCACCAUUUAGAAUUGAAACUAACCUCACAUUUAAUGUUUACCUCUGAUGUUUACAUUUAAAUUUGAAAUUUUUUAUCUUUACCAGUUGUUUUUAGUAAAAAUAAUACUAUUGAAAAUAAUUUGACUUCUACAGUAAG